AAUAUUCGUUAACCGAAGUCUCAGACUGGAAAAAAUAAAGUUUUUUGGGUUUGACAUGGACUACACUCUCGCAAGCUAUAAGUCUCCACAGUAUGAGUCACUGGCCUUUGGUAUCCUUCGCGAUCGUCUUGUGGAGAUUGGGUACCCUCAGGAACUCAAAAAUUUUCAAUAUGAACCAUCCUUCCCAGUUCGAGGACUUUGGUUUGACACUCUGUAUGGAACAAUGCUUAAACUCGAUCAAUUCGGCAAUAUUCUCAUAUGUCUUCGGGGAUUCAACACACUUUCACCGGAAGUGACGAAGUCUCAAAAGUUUAUCCGCACAAAUUCGUAA